UACCAAAAAACUUUGUUGUUUCAUCGUUUCUGGUCUGUGGAUGACAAACAGCUGCACACAGAGUUCAGUGCACUUCGUUCUAUUGUGGUCGCAAACUAUGAAGAGACGAUUAAGAUGCCUAUAAAUGAGCCUGCGUCAGGAAAGAGGAAAUCUCAGAUCCAGGAAUAUGUUGAAUAUUAUGGCGGUCCUGGAGUUCAGCACAUUGCUCUUAACACAUCUGACAUUAUCACUGCAAUCACCAACUUAAAAGAAAGAGGAAUGGAAUUCAUGUCCGUUCCAUCCUCCUAUUACCAAACGCUGAGGGAACAGCUGCAGACAGCUAAAAUACAAGUUAAAGAAAAUAUUGACAUACUGGAGGAGCUGAAAAUUCUGGUGGAUUAUGAUGAAAAAGGCUAUUUGCUUCAGAUUUUUACAAAGCCAGUCCAAGACAGGCCGACACUAUUUCUUGAAGUCAUUCAACGUAAAAACCACCAGGGCUUUGGAGCUGGCAAUUUUAAAUCACUAUUUGAAGCUAUUGAACAGGACCAAGCAGCACGAGGAAACCUCACUGUUCUUACACCAAAUGGGGAGUUGGAAAGGCUAUAA